AUGAGCAAUACAACCAACUCUGCCCAAUUGAAGUCAGCAACUGAGCAUAUACCUCAGCAGAGGUGGGGAAAACAGGGAACUGCACACCCUGGGAAUCACACCCGUGACAGCAAAAGACCUGCUUGUCCAGGAGAUCAUAGGAAAGAAGUAAGGGCCACUACCUUGAAAACAAAUUUGGAAUGCAGCUUAAAAGUUUUCCUGUACUGCUCUCCUAUCACUAUGGAAUUGCUGUUAACUAGCACAAGAUACAGAUUUUGGGAGAAACAAAUAGUACCAACUGAAAUUGAAACUCCUACCCAGGUAUCUUUGGUUGAUGAAACCACAGGUGAGGAGAUUGUUAUGAUCCUUUUACCAGUGAGUCACUGCCCAGGAUCAGUUAUAUAA